AGUCGGCUGUAUUUAAAUGUGACACCACCGGAAGUUGCUGUACUAGCCUAGCUUGGUGCGCCGCUUUUAAAGCUGUCGUUGGCUGGUUUUUAAGCACUCAUUCCGCAGACAUGAAGCCGGCUGUGGAUGAAAUGUUCCCGGAAGGAGCCGGACCGUAUGUGGAUCUGGAUGAGGCAGGGGGCAGUACCGGGCUGCUGAUGGAUUUGGCUGCUAAUGAGAAAGCUGUGCACUCCGACUUCUUCAACGAUUUUGAAGACCUCUUCGAUGACGAUGACAUCCAGUGAUGAAGAUUUGCACUUUUCAAUCGUGAAACUUGUUGUGUCUUGUCAUGACUUUUUCCUCAUCUGUACAAAGUCGAGUUUAUGAUGUUGGGUUUAUUUUGUUGUCAAUAAAACAUUUUUGUGAAAAAUGAAUAA